AUGGCACCUGCCACUGCGGUGCCCGUUACAGCAGCAAAAGCCAUGGAAUGCACUCCAUUCCCGUCAACCAUGAUUGAAUACUCUUCCGCCUUCAAGCAGCCAAAGCCGCCUUCGGUGCAUCCGGAGUUUACGACAAACUUCGUGCAGCACAAAUGGGAUGAGACUCUCUCUCACAUCAUGACUGGCUACAUUGACAACUCUCCUACCAACAAAAUCGUGCGCGUGGUCGAGGCCUACGACGAUGCCCCAGCUUCUUCCGUUUUCAACUAUGCCAAUGUUACCACGGACGGCCUCGUGGACAACUUCAUGACCAUCUACAACGGGACGAAGCCAUAUCUUUAG